UCAGGCUGACGACGAUAGAUCGGUCGUCGGAGGACGCAAGCCGUCGGUGGCGCCUCCGCCGCAACUCCUUCGCGAUUACCCGCUGCUCCUUCCUCGCGACUACCAGGGUGAAAGCAAGUCUAUCUGCAUGUUCCACGCCACGAGCUCCGGUAGAACGCGCAAUGGCAUUCACUACAAGCCCUGGAAUUUCCCGUACCACCUCUGCACGCACGUCGUCUACUGCUGCGCCGGCAUCUCGGCCGAGCUGGAGGUGAUUUCGCGCCACGUUGACAUAGAUAUUACUGAGGGAUUCAUCGCGUCCUUCACCGCGAUGAAAAUGAAGAACCCCUACCUGCGCGUCUACAUCGGCGUUGGCAGUGACGACAAGGACCGCACGGCCUUCGCCAAGAUUGUCGCCAGCGUUGGAAUGCGGCAGCAGUUUGCCCAGAACACGGUGACGUGGAUGCGCCGUGCACAGUACGACGGCAUGGUCCUUUACUGGAAGUACCCUUUCAUGGAGCAGAAGGCGAAGCUCGUGGAUACGAUGCGCUACCUGCGGCAGGCGCUUCACGGCAUGGACCUGACCGUGGGCAUCGUGGUGCCGCUGGACGAGAUGCUGCGCGACCGCUUCAACGUGUCCGAGUUGUCGAAGUCACUCGAUGACUACACCAUCUUAAUCGACCCCAUCGAUACCCAGGGACCCUCUUACGACUCUACCUUCGUCCCUUUCAGGGACGGGACGGUGCGCAUGUAUGCCGGCGUCUUCAUGAGCACACUUCGAUACAGCAGCGCGGGUGAUGACAAGACGAACGACGGUCGCUUUCAGCUGUGCUACAUGUUUCCGGUGAACGCCGUUUCGUUUACGUUGGAACGGGCAGCCCAGACUGAGAUCAAUGCUCCGACCGUGGGCCCUGGGGAACCCGGACAGAGUACCGAGGUUCCGGGUGCCCUCGCCUACGACGAGGUCUGCUCUCAAACGUGGGAGAACACGCGCCGUGUGAACUACGGCGUGGUCUCGACGCGCGGCAAUCAGUGGGUGGUGUACCAGAACCGGAGCUCCCUGCACGAGCUGCUGACGGCAUUGGGGUAUGUCACAGGCCCUGCCAAGUGUUUUGGAAUCUGGGACCCAUUUUGGGACGACUUCGCGGGAGCUUGCGGGGAGGGCCCGUACCCACUGACACGGGCCAUCUUCGCAAAAGUUAUUGGGCACAAGAUUCCCUUCAAGAAAAAAUCGAAUCUCUGGGACUUGCUUUAGGAACACUUCGGAGCGUACGACGUGGUAUUUUUGUUGCUAAUAUACGUAGCCUUUAUUGAAAACAAUAUUUCCUUUUCUGUAUGCGUAUGCGGCCCGCGCUUAAUACAGUAAGCCACUAGAAUCGAAUACAGUGCGUGCUAGCCUCGUAGUACAAGAAACUAUAUACAUUCUCGCGGCAGUAGCUAGCUCUAGGCGCGGCUAGCACUUCACCAGCCAUAUGUGCAAUUCGCUUAGUAAUGCGAAAGUUUAGUCUAAAAUUUCAUUCAUGUGCAUGAUUGACUACUGCGGGUGUCAGGGACGGUUACCAUUGAUGAUCCACCUGCGAUAAUUGAAACUACUUUGGACGCGCUUCGUAGGUAUAUAUAGUGCACCUUGAACCUUAAAACGGCAUUGAUUCUUCAGCAUGUACCACCGAA